GAGCUGCGGUUCGGAACCGGGCUGAGAAACUAAAUCCAGUCGGUACCGGUCCUGGGUGGAGAUGUAACAUCCCGGAUGUGGGGAAACGGCGUCCUGUAGUUCUACGCUAGAAGCCGUCGUAGCCUACAUAUACAUACGUAGUCUACGUAUUUAAAUGUGAUGUAGCCGAUACGCACUGGCUGGACAGGCGGCGAAGAGAGGUCGCUGACGGACUGUGCGUAAUGCUGAGUGGACAGCAGUAUUUCUCGCUGUAUGUUCCAGCCUAGACGGGCUACUGACAAGAUAUUUGCACUUCUUCUGCAGUGCAGCUCGUCAUUACAACCAGAUGCUCUCCGCCGGACCGGAGCCGUUCAGUUUUAUGCCGUCCAAGCCGACCGGAGCCUGAGCCGAAGGAUGCAGGUUAAAAAUCAGAUCUGCACCGAGCGGAGCAGCACCGACGACCCGGAGCAGGAUGACAACCAGAAGAAGACCUCGUGUUUUUCCAACAUAAAGAUUUUCCUGGUGUCGGAAUGUGCGCUCAUGUUGGCACAGGGCACCGUGGGCGCCUAUUUGGUAAGUGUUCUGACCACUCUGGAGAGACGCUUCAACCUCCAGAGUGCUGAUGUGGGUGUCAUUGCCAGCAGCUUCGAAAUCGGCAACCUGGCCCUUAUCCUGUUUGUCAGCUACUUUGGCGCCAAGGCCCACAGACCCAGACUGAUUGGCUGCGGCGGGAUUGUCAUGGCGUUGGGGGCACUGCUGUCAGCCCUGCCGGAGUUCCUGACUCACCAGUAUGAGUACGAGGCCGGGGACUCGUGGCACGCCGAGGAUGGCAGGGACGUCUGCUCCAACACCACCAGGUCAGAAAACCGAGACUCUGGGUUUAAAUGUGGCAACAGAGCCAACACCAACAUGAUGUACCUUCUGCUGAUCGGAGCCCAGGUUCUGCUCGGCAUUGGAGCCACACCGGUCCAGCCUCUGGGAGUGUCCUACAUUGAUGACCAUGUCCACAGGAAGGACUCCUCGCUGUAUAUAGGUAUUUUAUUUUCAACAUUAGUGUUCGGUCCGGCCUGUGGCUUCAUCUUAGGUUCUGUCUGUACCAAAGUCUACGUGGAUGCAGUCUUCAUCGACACUAGUAAACUGGACAUCACCCCAGAUGACCCUCGCUGGAUUGGGGCGUGGUGGGCUGGCUUCCUCCUUUGUGGUGCCUUACUCUUCCUGUCGGCUCUCUUCAUGUUCGGCUUCCCGCAGGCGCUGGACGAGCAGGACAUGGACGGUGGAGGGGAGAGUGAGCAGGCCAUGCUGCCUUCUUCCCUGACCAUGGAGUACCAGGGCUCUAAACCCAACGGGGCCAUUCAUGGCUUUGAUAUAAACAGCGGACUCUCAGUUUGUGAGCAUCUGAGAGUAAUCCCCAGGGUAACCCGGCACCUUCUCUCUAAUCCGGUGUUCAGCUGCAUCACGCUUGCAGCCUGCAUGGAGAUUGCUGUGGUUGCUGGCUUUGCUGCCUUCUUGGGAAAAUACCUGGAGCAGCAGUUCAACCUUACCACCUCCUCAGCCAAUCAGCUGCUAGGUAUGACAGCCAUCCCCUGUGCCUGUCUGGGUAUCUUCCUGGGGGGGCUGCUGGUGAAGAAGCUGAACCUGUCAGCUCUGGGCGCUGUCCGCAUGGCCAUGAUGGUCAACCUGGUGUCCACUGCAUGCUACGUCUCUUUCCUCUUCUUGGGCUGUGACACUGGACCUGUCGCCGGUGUUACUGUAGCCUAUGGCAACGAGACGUUGCUUUCCUGGCAGCGACCUGAGUCAGCGUGCAUCAAUAACUGUAACUGCUACACAGCAUCAGUGAGCCCUGUCUGUGGUUCCAAUGGAAUCACCUACCUCUCAGCCUGCUUCGCUGGCUGCACCAAACCAAACCUGACCGGUUGCACGUGUAUAUCCAGCACCAGUGAAGAUGCGGUGGCUUUACCAGGGAAGUGUCCCAGUCCAGGCUGUCAGCAGGCCUUCCUCACUUUCCUUUGUGUUAUCUGUGUGUGCAGCAUGAUCGGAGCUAUGGCCCAGACACCCUCUGUCAUCAUCCUUAUCAGAACUGUGAGUCCAGAGCUGAAAUCUUAUGCCCUUGGAGUUCUGUUCCUGCUCCUGAGACUGAUAGGCUUCAUCCCUCCACCUCUGAUCUUCGGCAUGGGCAUUGACUCCACCUGUCUGUUCUGGAGCUCUGUCUGCGGCGAGAAGGGAGCCUGCAUGCUGUAUGACAACGUGGCCUACAGGCAUCUGUACGUCAGCAUAGCCAUCGUCCUCAAGUCCUCGGCCUUUGUCCUGUACACAACCACGUGGCAGUGUUUGAGAAAGAACUACAGGAAAUACAUCAAGAACAGCGAGGGUUACCUCACACCCACUGAACUCUUCGCCUCCAAUGUGACUCUGGACAAUUUGGGCAAGGAGAUCACCCAGAACCCAGCCAACAGGACAAAGUUCAUAUACAACCUGGAGGACCAAGAGAUGUGUGACAACAUGGAGUCAGUUUUAUAGUGGCUGUCUGCUGGCACUGCAGACUGGAGCUGAGGCUGUAAAUGUGCAACUGAUCUGAUAUUCCUUGGGUGUCGUAUCAGUGUAGAAGAAUGUUCUCAGUAAGGGUCUUAUCUUCUUCUCACAUAAAACAUCAGACAUAAUGAAAAAACUGAAGAGAUGUUUCUCAAAAUGUUCUAUAUCCACAUUGCACUUUUUUACUAAAAUACAGUUGUUCUUUUGUUUUUUGACAUUUCCUUAAUUUGACAGCAGAAUAGAGAUUGACAGCAAACACGAGGAAAGAAACGACAUGGAAUGACGCCCCUGAAAUGAUCUUCUUUAGUUUAACUUCAUUAACAGUUCAGUUCAAAUUGCCGUCAUAUUAGAUUUAGAUUAGUUAGAGACCAGCUAGACCAGAGCUCUGUGAGAAGCAGAAAUCUGACAUUUUGGUUAUUCAUUAGCUUUAUUAGACAGUUUAUGUUUUUUUUUUAGAAGGAAGUGCUUCUCAGGUCCAGAUGCCAGAUAGAAAGGAUGACAGUUAUCAUAGUUGUUUGUAAUAACUGAUGCAUAUUUUAGCCCAUGGUUGGAGUACUUCUCCAAACAAACAGAACAUACAACUACAGACUUAUUAAUAGACUUGUGUGUUCCCUCAAUCAAUUCGUUAAAAGUUUUAAAAGUUUAACAUAACGAAUAGGAAAAACCAGAUAUGCAUUGACUACAGAGGCACAUCACACAAGAAGCAAAGGCAAACCAACAAAUCAGCAACAACAAGAAGUAGGAGUACAGGAAGAGCCAUAAUCCUAGUAACAUAUUACAUCAACACCAGAGAGGUCUCGACUCGAGGCGGCCCUAUUUCAUGGCUAAUCGUUAAAGCCUCUGAGCAUCAGAGUCCAAAUUUAAAAUAAGCAUAGACAAAAUAUGGACCCCAAUUAAUUUCUAACCCAUUACACAAUGCCUGCAUUUCUCUUUCAUCUUAAUACAGUUAGCAGUGGACAUUUGAUGGAAGCUGUAGUUUUGAAAAGAAAUCAUAUUUGUGCGUUUAUUGUUUAAUAUCUUCUGAAAAGUGAAGAUUACAACAAUACUGUUACAGAAACUCCCUUUUUUUGUCACCAGUCAUUUUGCUAGAGUAGAGGUCACUGUGCCUCAAAGGGUGGAUAUUCCAUUUUGGAAGCAAACUCUUCAGUUUGAGUUGCACAUAUUAUUCAGAUUAAAAAAAGAAAAAUAAGGAACAUAGUCUUUUUCAAAAGCUUUCAAUGUAAUUUGCCCGUUCUUGUUCUAGAGGUCAGUUUAGGACAUUUGUUGAAGUUAGAGGAGAGUUGAGCCAGUAUGUUAUAAUUAUCCCUUUACGGUGUCAUAGUGUGGAGUUUUGCUAUGAAUGCUGGACAAGAUUCUGAGACAAAUUUUCUGUUUCAGAGUCACAGAAUGGUUUUUUUUCUUCUUUUUUUUACACGUCACACCAUUUUGUUGAAAUUAAGUCUUUACUCUUUGGCAUUUUUAAAAUGUAGGUGCAAGUUUCAAAAGUAAAUAUAAAAAAAAUAAAAAGUCCUUAUAGGGGUUUAGCUGAUGAUCUAAAAAGCAACGGACCAUGAGAGAGGAUAAAGGACUUUGGUGGCCCACCUAUGAAUAGUUGGACAAUACCUACAGUACAUGAGCUGAUUCAGUAACUGAACCUGUGACAUUUCGGUUACAUGACUAUCUCUCUAUCUACUGAUUUGACCAUUUCACCAUUAUAAUUCUGCCAGGAACACUCAUGUCAAUGACAAAUGGAGAGAGAAUUACAGUUUGACUUGGUGGUGUAAUUCUACUCCUAGGGGAUGCCCCUGCAGCAGUAAUGCAUGGAAUACACAGCAACAUGAUAAAUAACAAGCAGGGAAUAUUGCAAAUAAGACUCUCCAGGGUACAUGUAUGUAGUAGGGCCAAAGCUGGUGGAGGCUGUGGGGGAGGAGGCCUUCAACAAUACAAUCAGUAACAGCAGCAAAGCUCACAUGAGCGUACAGAGUGUGAAGGCAUUUAAGUAGAAUGCCAAGUCAAGGCACUGAGACAUGAUGAUUGUGGUAGGCUAGCUGUCAGCAGACACAGCAUAGCAUGACGCACAGUGUCCAGCCAGAAUUAGUUAAUUUAAAAGCAUGCUGAUAAUGCAUGCAAUGAUA